ACACUUGUGUGUUGCUCAAUGUAAACUUCGCUGAUGCGGUGUGAUGCGCUGGACGCUUGUCGCGCGGGUUGCGAUUUCUUGGAGGCCCCCUCGCUGCGAGACCGAGUACAGCAUAUCCUGACGAACGAGGCAGACUCGCGAGCGCGCUGCGUUUAACUUAGCCCGUGUGUGGCAGCAUCGACGCGUACGGCGAAGCACCCCUCACCGUUGGCGUGGGAAGACGGCCUGCCAGGGCCUGCUGCUGCUGCUGCCGCACUCUCCAUCCUCUUCUCUCCACCGCCUGACGUUGCCCAUCAGCGGCGGCAGCCAAAGGAGCCUUCGUCCCACUCGAGAAUCCGUGCUAUCUCGUUGCGGCCUCAAACUUCUUCGGUGAGCACUUCCUGUCGUGUACUUCACCCGGACAGAUUACGGUGCCUCCAUCGCUGAUGGAGAUAAAUCUUGUGUAUCUCGGUUGCGUGGUAGAAUACAAAACGCGAUGGCUCCGGUGAAACUGAGUGCUUCGACUUGCCUUUGAAGCCAGGCCCUCCCGCACAAACCACUUGGAAAAGCAUGCCGUUGGCCGCUCAGCUGCUACGGCUCGGUGUCGUGGCCACCGCGGGUGUCGGCAAUGUCCUGUGUGAUCACGAACGGUCGUCGAACAUUUCCUUCGUAGAAGGGACACCUCUUCUGCAGGUCUGGCAGCUAUGGAGCUUCACAUCCGAGCACAGUUCAUCUGUACGAGCCCCUUCAGACGUGCGCACCUACCAAACGUGGGUCUUCUCCAUAGUGGCCGCAUGCGUCGUGGGCCUCAGCGGUGUGUUCCCGCUCCUACUCGUGCCUGUUGACACAGGUGUCAACUUGAAGCAGAAUCGCAAUGGAUGCCGUACGCUUAAGCUGCUCCUCAGCUUUGCUGUUGGUGGCCUUUUAGGUGAUGUGUUCCUACACCUUUUACCAGAAGCUUGGGGACGUCUUCAGAGAGGUGCCGAGAGCCCCGCACAAGCACACCUGACACUCGGCCUGUGGGUGCUGUUGGGUGUCUUCACCUUCAUCAUACUCGAGCUGGUCUUCUCAGCCACAGGGCCCGAUGUGGAGCAAACUUUUUCUCACUCUGAUGUCAACCAAAAUGGUCUUGCCAAGCCAGUCUCACCACUGCAGAACUUCAAAGCUAUUCACGUCACUGGGUACCUAAACCUUAUGGCAAAUGGCAUUGAUAACUUCACUCAUGGCUUGGCAGUGGCUGCUAGUUUCCUUGUUGGCAUUAAGAUGGGAAUGGUGACUACAUUGGCCAUUCUUAUACAUGAAAUUCCACACGAAGUUGGAGACUUUGCCAUACUCUUAAAAUCGGGCUUCAACCGAUGGGAUGCUGCCAAAGCCCAAGUUCUCACAGCAGCUGUAGGGGUGGCUGGUGCAGUGACGGCUUUGUCUGCAGACUCACUUGAAGACAUGGACACAUCCACAUCCUGGAUACUGCCUUUCACUUCUGGAGGCUUUUUGAACAUAGCGUUGGUCAGUGUGCUGCCAGACCUCCUCAAAGAAGAGGACCCUUGGGAAUCAAGCAAGCAGCUGGGGUGUGUAUGCAGUGGAAUUGCUGUGAUGGCAGCUAUGCAAGCAUUUCUGGAUUAGUAUCCAGACCAUAUAAAACAAGGUGCCCAAAACUAGUCACCGAGCCAGUCAUGGACCAAGUCACUUCUUGGAAGUUUUAUUCUUGUCACGUGGUACAAUAAUACAUACUUUAGCAAACU